UUCAAAAUCUAAUGGCAAUAUGGCGUCAUUACAGUGGUCAACUAAUGGACGGAAAUAGCUCCUACAAUGGUUAUUACAAAGGAGGUGGAGCGUGUUCGUUAGACCCCCUAACAUCAGACUACAGCCAUAAGGGUUGGAUCAAGGUCGCAGCAAGUGAUGGAGAGUUUCAAAAAUCACUUGGCUGUGGAAUGUGCGUGGAAAUUACAGGUCAAGGAAUUCUUGCCGAUCUUACUGAAAAAGGAAGAAUACCAAAGACACCAAUCUUAGGCCCAAUAUACGCAUUUGUGAUCGAUCGUUGUGGAAACUGUAAACAAGGGUUCGACUUGUAUACCCCUGGUUCUGACCAGUGGAAGACUCAGUUCAAAGCGAUCGAUUGUCCAACAGUUUCCGGCAUAAAUGGAAACAUCAAGUUCAGAUUCGUGGAGAGCAACCCAUGGGCUAUGAAAUUGCAAACUCGAAAUUCCAGGGUAGUGACGGUUGGACUAGAGAUUUUUCAAAGUGGGAGAUGGAUUUGUCUUCCGAGAACAGAUGAUAAUUUCUUCCUGGUGGGAUCACCUAAUAAAAUAAAUUUUCCCUUGCGAGUACGCUUGACAAGUGUUAGUGGAGAGCAAGUGGAGUCGACCAUCACAGAGCUGAAGAAUAACGUAGAUCUUACUUCUUCUGUGCAGUUCUCAGGGUUCAUAAAAGGAAGUGACCCACGUACGAUCACAUGUUAUGGUCAAGGUCCUAACUCAGGAAAAAGUGACGACGAGACAGGUGAUGAGGCAUUUUGCAGAGACAAACUGGAUGGUUACUACCAAGAUACCAGGGAUUGUGUAGCAUUUUAUCAGUGCUUUAAAGGCACUACCUACAGACGACGUUGUAAUAGGGGCCAAGUAUUUAACGAUAUGCUAAAGUCAUGUGACAAUCCGACAAAUUUUCCAUGUCGCCAAAGAUCACUCAUCAGCCCUCUAAAUGCUGACAAAUUUACGAGUUCAGCGAUAUCCCCCAAGAUGGAACUGAACAUACAUCAACCGACCCCGGAUUUAUUAAAAAGAGUGGACGAAACCUUCUGUGUUACUAAACUUGAUGGCUUCUACGAAGACCCCAACAACUGUACAUCAUUUUACCAAUGUCUGAAUGGCAGAGCUACAAAGAGACACUGUUUGAAAGGAAUGGUGUUCAAUGCUUUACUGAAGUCAUGUGACACACCACAGAGCUUUCCAUGCCGGACGACAGAAGGCACUGAAGUUGGGCAAUCAGAAUCCACUGAACCGGAAGUCAAACCAACUCACCGCCAAGGAAUGAACACGGGUGAAAGCCUGGGCAUGAGCAAUCUUGCGACGGACAGAAAUGGAAACACGCCAUUGACACCAGUAAAACCAGUUAGACCAGCCGUAAAAUCCGACGCAAAUACCAACGAAGUAAUAGUGGACAAGGAGUUCUGCCUAGAGAGACCUAGCGGAAAUUACGCGGACCCAUACGACUGCUCAAGUUUCUACUCGUGUUCAUUGGAAGAGACGAAGAGGGAGACCUGUCCGAGAGGUUUGCACUAUAACUACAACACGGGCGAGUGUGAUUGGCCCUUUAAUGUUAAGUGCGCCCCACCCCCGCCCUAUAAACCUCGGAUACGUAAAGUAUCUGUGUACAAACCAGGAAACGAUAAGGCCAUGACUAUCAAUGGAUUCAUAACACAUAUCAUGGCUGUGGCAAAGAGGCGCACCAUCCGAAAGGUGUAGAAGAAACACGGCUUAAGGGAUGCAAGAUAGUGCUCGGACUAAUACACAGACAUUCACGCAUUUAAGGUUUCAAACUCCAACCAUUUUGUAAUGGGCAAACCGGACGGAAGACAGUUCAUUUUGCCAAUCACCUUUGAUGAAUGUGAUUUGCGAGACAAACGAACUGAUCGUUUCUAACUCAGAAAUUCUCUAUUUGACAACAAUUAACAACAGUCUCUUUUAGAUGUACUCUCAUCCAGACGAUCAUAACGCAUGAUAAACUACUUUUUUCCCCUUUACGAAUGCAUAUGGUUUAACGAUGGUUAAACAUAUCUCCAAACAGCAAGAAUGAUAUUUCUUAAAACAUAUUUCUCAAAUCCACCUCUCCAUGGAAAAAGUCUUUCAUAAAACAGUUGCUAAGCAAAAGAAAGUCGACUACAGGGAAUACACCGAGUGACGGGAUUUGAGAGGAUAUUACAAAGUUGAAAUUAUAUAAUUUGCGUCCAUAAAUAUUUGAGUUGCAAAGCACUUUAUUAAACAAUCGUUCA